UUCAGUGAUCACGUGAUCCUGGUUCCCGGCCGGCCCACGACUAAUGGAGUAGAGUUGUACAACAAGUAAAAGGGAAAAAGUGAAAGAAUGAGCUCUCCUGAAGACAAUACUUCUUAUGUUGAUGCCUCGCCUAAUAAAAUACCUCGGUCUACAUCAAAUUCGAUGGACAAAUCUCGCUCAAGAUCUUAUUUAACUAAAGACAUAUCCAUAUCCAUAGAUGAGGGGGAUGCCUUGAAGAAAAUCAGUGAAGAGGCUGAAGAGAAGCUGCAGAGGGAGAAAAAGAAGACAGCUGAAGCACGAAGUUAUUAUAUUCAGAAAAGAGUUCAAGAGCAGGCAAAUUAUUCCGACGAAGAAGGAGAAAGUGGAGGAGGAGGAGAUGGAGUGACGACAACAUCGACUCCAAUUAAUAGAAGGUUGUUGGAUCAUGAUACAGGCAGUCCCUUACUGUCACGAGGGCCAGUGCGUUCCUCUAGUAGGCCUUCAUCAUCUCUUGGUUACAGUGAUGAUAACUUAGCUAAUGGGAUAGACAAACAUGAGAAGUAUUUAGAGUUAGAGAGUAAAUAUAAGGAGGCACUAGUAUCACAGGCAAAACUGUACGAUGAGAAAACUGCCCUUGUUUACCAGGUGGAGACACUAAAGGAUCAGCUUGAAGACAGUCAACAGACAAAUUACCAGUUGAAACAAAGUGCUCAGAGACAACAAUCACAAAUACUCUUAUCAAAACAUACUGAGGAUUCAUUGCAUGGUGAUAUAGAUAAACUAAGACAUCAGAUACGCUACAGGGAUGAUUUCAUGGAGACUCAUGGAUUACAUUUACCAACAAUAGAAGAGGAGGAUGAAACUGAAACAGAAAAAAUGACCAUACAAUUUUUUCCAAUGGAAGAGAGAGACCAGUUAUUAAAACAGAUUUCGGAUCUCAAAGCCGAAAUAGAAGACGUCAAAACAAACAUGGUAGUGACUCCUCCCUCCGACUCUCUUCUCAGAGGAGAAGAAACCAAAGACAUAGUCCGAGAGAGCACAAGACUUGUGAGUGAGUAUAAAAACAAGUUGCAGUUAUCUGAUGCUGAGAACACUAGACUUGAAGGAACAGUUGAAAGGUUAAAGGGUCAAGUUGUUAGAUAUAAAACACAGCUAGAGGAAAUGGAGAAGAGAGAGGAUGAAUUGCUGAAAGAGAAAAGGGCUCUGUCUCGAGAGGCAAGAAGAUUGCAAUCAACAGUGGAUGAUCUAGAAUCAGAUAAUGAACUAUUAAAGAGAAGAGUUGAGCAGAUGAGAAAGAAGCAAAAAGACUAGCCCAUACUCAUUCCUUUUUCGUUUCCUUCUCAUUCCUCCUUCCAUUUCUCUUUCUCUUUUAGCUUGCAUUCACUCAACCAGGUGCAACUUGCACUGUAUGUUCAUUAGCUCUGAUGACAUGAUUUUGAUUUGCCAUUGUCUCUUAAUUUUAUUUUACUAUGUGGGCUGGCUAUUAUUUUUA